AGGUGGGUGAAUAGCUCUUUAGAAUGGACGCUCCUAAUUUAGAAGCUCUGCUCGGCUCCAGUCUAACAGCGGAGCUUCUUGCGAGGGCCGGCGGGCUGCUGCGGCUCAGCAAGCUGAGUGACGCAGCGCUUCGUCUCAUGGGCAGUGAGGACUUCCAGAGCGUGGCGAGCAGCUCCCGUGCGAAGAAGCUGCAUGCGGGUUUGCUGAUGAAAGCGCCCGUCUUCACGGACGCUUUCGGUGACGAGGAGGCGGCCGACACGACGGAGUUGAAGGCGGCGCAGAAGGGAAUGGCGCAGCUGGGCCGUAAGUGUGCGCUGGUGGCGAAGGCGGAUGUCGCAGGCGCCUCGCCGGACGGCGCGUUGGGCGAGUCGGAGAGGGAGAAGCUGCGGACGGCCUUUGGGCGACUGUGUGCGGAGGGCAAGGUGGCGGCCGAGGACACGCAGGCCCUCGCCGUGCCUUUUGUGUACGUCCGCGGUGACGUCGUCAAGCACAAGCGCGGUGGGCAGAAGGAGCGUAAGCGGCGCGAGGCGCAGAACGAGCAGCCCGGUGUGGUGGAGCAGGCGACGCGGCGGGUGAAGAUGGGCGUGAGCGAGGAGGAGCAGGUGCGCCAGCUGCUGCAGAGUGAGGUGAUCCGUACCGAGUUCGCGAAGCAGCGGGAGAAGGAGCUGCAGAGGGAGAUGCGAAAGCGGGGGAGGGAGGAGACCCACGACGAAUACGAUGACCUGAUCAAUAUCGCCCUGUAA